GCAGUGGGAGAGGCGGCUUUGUAAAAGAAACACACCCUGUUAGACGUCAGCGCCGCUCGCUCGCCUUCCCGCAGCAGGCUCGGGGUGGGGUAGGGCGGAGAUGCCCCGGGCGUGUCCCGUCUCUCCCUCCGGGCUCCCUGCGCCUUUAAGGACUCCUCCUCUCCGCAAUCCCCACCGAAGGGGAGGGAGCCGUCCCUGCCGAGGCGCCUUCCGUCUCCCCAGGAGCAUGGGCUGGGCUGCCGAGCCAGAAGCAGCGGGGCAGCAGUGUCCGAGGCGCGCGGAGCCCGUUCUCCCUGCGCGACAGUGGCGGAGCGCGGGCCCGUCGAACUAAAGCCGUCGAGGGGCUGCCUCCAGCUAGGCGCGCCGAGCUUGGCUCCCGUCGCCGUCUUAGCCGCGAUGGCUCCUCCUUGGCCGCCCAACGGGACGUGGCUGGGGGCAGCGGGCGCGGCGCCAUCGGGCAACGGCAGCAACUGCUCCGGGGCGGCGGGCAGCCUGGGCCGGCAAGGGGCGUUGGGCGCCGCUCUCAGCCUGGCCGUGCUGGUGACGGUGGCGGGCAACCUGCUGGUGGUGGUGGCCAUCGCCAAGACGCCGCGCCUGCAGACCAUGACCAACGUGUUCAUCACGUCGCUGGCGUGCGCCGACCUCAUCAUGGGCUUGCUGGUGGUGCCCCCGGGCGCCACGCUGGUGCUGAGCGGCCGCUGGCCCUUCGGCACCACGGGCUGCGAGCUGUGGACGUCCCUGGACGUGCUGUGCGUGACGGCCAGCAUCGAGACCCUGUGCGCCAUCGCCGUGGACCGCUACCUGGCCGUGACGGCGCCGCUGCAGUACGAGGCGCUGGUGACCAAGGGCCGCGCGCGCGGCGUGGUGUGCCUGGUGUGGGCCGUGGCCGCCUUUAUCUCCUUCCUGCCCAUCAUGAACCACUGGUGGCGCGACGGCGCGGACGAGGAGGCGCUGCGCUGCUACGAGGACCCGCAGUGCUGCGACUUCGUCACCAACAUGCCCUACGCCAUCCUGUCGUCCAUCAUCUCCUUCUACGUGCCGCUGCUGGUCAUGCUCUUCGUCUACGCGAGGGUCUUCGCCGUGGCCACCCGGCAGCUGCACGCCAUCGAGAAGGACAAGGGCAGGUUCCUCCAAGACGCCGCCAAGGGCUCCCGUCGCAGGAGACCCUCCCGGCUCCUGCUGGCCAUCAAGGAGCACAAGGCGCUCAAGACCUUGGGCCUCAUCAUGGGCAUCUUCACCCUCUGCUGGCUGCCCUUCUUCGUGGCCAACAUCCUCAAGGUCUUCGCCAGGACGCUCAUCCCCGACCAGCUGUUCCGCUUCUUCAACUGGCUGGGCUACGCCAACUCGGCCUUCAACCCCAUCAUCUACUGCCGCAGCCCCGACUUCAGGUGCGCCUUCAAGAAGCUCCUGUGCUGCCCCAGGAGCGCCGAUCGCCGCCUCCACGCGGUCUCCAAGGACCUGCGCCGCUGCCCCCGCGCCUUCAGCCCCCGGGCCCCGUCCGAGAAGGAGGGCGAGCCCAUCGCCAAGGGAGCCAGAGAGGACGACGACGAGGAGGACGAGGACGUGGGCUCCAGCAGCGCCAGCAGCCGCUCCAGCAGCCGGACUGGCGAAACGAAGCUCUUGUACCUCGCCAGCAAUGGGCACGGCUGCGCGCAGCGCCCCCUGCGGGAAGCCCAGCUUCAAGGCACGCAGAUCACUUUGUGCCCGCAGCUGGAAGAGUAGGUGUCAGGAAUGUGUCCGUGGGAUGCUGAGGGAGGGGUGCCUUGAAGGUGUAGAGUAAGGUUCCUUCACCUAGUGUCCGCCGGACGUUGUUGGACUACAACUCCCAUCAGCCUAGCCCAUUGGCCAUACUGGCAGGGGCUGAUGGGAGUUGUAGUCCAUAACAUUUGGUCUAUAGCAGUGAUUGCUAUAGACCAGUGGUGGCGAAACUGUGCCCUCCAGCUGUUUUGGGACUACAACUCCCAUCAUCCCUAGCUAACAGCACCAGUGGUCAGGGAUGAUGGGAACUGUAGUCCCAAAACAGCUGGAGGGCAAAGUUUGGCCACCACUGGUCUAUAGCAAUUGGGGGAGGGGUAAAUAUUGUGCUCCUCUUGUUUUCCAGCGGUGUGCCACAGGGUGGUGUGGGAGGGGACUGAAAAGGGAAGGAAUCGCAUGUUUACUUGGUAUGUUCAAUGAGGCUUGCUCCUUAAUUAGCACAUUUUGGAUUGCACCCAUCGUACUGGGACUGGUGCCCAGAAGGCUGCAUCAUGGACUGAUUACCCAAAGCUUAGACUCUUAAGACUUACAGCAGGUGUAAAGAACCUUUGGACCUCCAGAUGUUGUUGGACUACAACUCCCAUCGGCCCCAGCAAGCAGGACCAAUGGCCAGGGGUGAUGGGAGUUGCAGUGAAAUCUGGUGGGCCAAAGGUUCCUCACCCUUGCCUCAGAGUUUAUGCUUUCUUUGAAGAAGGUAUCAAAUUUAAUCUAGCAUUUCUUCCGGUUAAAGAAGUCAGGUGUCAGGUGAUGGGGUAACUCUGCCAGAAAGCAGUCAGAGUAGACAGCCUGGAGCUAUGGGGACAAGUGAUCUGAGUGGGUAUAAGGAAGCUUCCUGUGGUAUUUCUCUACUGCAGCAUUUCAAAGAGCUGCACACUUGAAGGAAGGGCUGUGCUUGUAUGGUAAAACAUGCUUUGCAUGCAGAAGGUUUUCGGUUUAAUCCCACGAAAGCCACUGUCAGUCCAUGUAGGUGAAAAGCUGGAUUGGGGGCAUCUGAUCCUGCUUCCCAUGUCGACUUAGCCUCCAACCUUGAUAUAAAUGAAUACCUGGAAGCAUUAUGAGUGUGACUGCCAUGGUAGGUGCUGAGCACAUUGUAAAUAGCCCCUGGAUUCAGGGAGUUAUAAGCGCAGCCAAGACUGUGAAAGGGAGUUAGUGCAAGAGUAGGAAUGAGGGAUGGGGAGGAACCAUAUCAGGUGUCACAGCUGAAGGCACAAGCUGCGUGCUCACUAUCAUUACUCUGGCUCCAGUGUGCUCUCACCACUGGUGUUUGAAGCUGUGUACACAUGACAUUGGCCACAAUCCACAUCUAUCCUGGACUUCCUUGAGAAAUACUGGUGUUUGAUGUGUUUUCCCUCAAACUAGGUCACUGUGCAGUUAAGCUGAGGUGUGUACAUUUGAGAUAGCUGUUUGACACGUGCAGAUGACAGCCUCCUGAAUAGGAAUUGUCGGGAGGGGUUUGCAACCAACAGGUAGUAUGCACUGGGUGAAGACAUCCUCCACCCUCUCUGAUGGUUGCAACAUUUGCAACAUGCAAAUGCGACCUGAAAUGCAGCCCCAGGUGGGUGGCUGGGUGGCAAUCAUGUUUCGUUUUAAGUCUCUACUGUGUAGAUAGCCGCAGUGAGUUUAUGUAGUUGGGGGUCUCCUUGUUUUGAUCUUGGCUUAACUUACUGAAACUUUCUAGUACAUGGGUAGGCAAACUAAGGCACGGGGGCUGGAUCCGGCCCAAUUGCCUUCUAAAUCCGGCCUGCGGGCGGUACGGGAAUCAGCAUGUUUUUACAUGAGUAGAAUGUGUCCUUUUGUUUAAAAUGCAUCUCUGGGUUAUUUGCGGGGCAUAGGAAUUUGUUCAUUCUCUCCCCAAAAAAAUUAUAGUCUGGCCCCCCACAAGGUUUGAGGAACAGUGGACCGGCCCCCUGCUGAAAAAGUUUGCUGACCCCUGUUCUAGUACUUUCCAUUCUUUGGCUGUUGUGCUGCAAGUUCCUGUAUAUUAGAAAAAUGAAAACGUUCAGUGCAUGUAAAAUUCAGCCUCCAAAAGAAAAUCUGGCUGGAGGUGAGGGAUUAUGACACAACCUUAGGGGAAAAAACAUACUCUAUAUGUUGCACAGAAUGUAUGUAUAGGAGCACCUACCAUUUUUGUUAAAUAAAGUACAGAAAGUUGAAGGGGGAGAAUCUGGAGCAGAGACAGAGGCGGAUUUAGGGGAGCAAGACUGGUUCACCCACACUAGGCGCCAGGCAGAGAGGUUGCUGCAGGAGACGCUGCAACAAUGAGUUAGAAUGGAAGGCAAGGGGGUGUGCCAAAUUUUGGUGCUGCACAGGAUGCCACUGAAAUUUGAAAGCCCAAAGUCUGUCACUGGCAGAGAUGUGGUAUGUGUCUAUGCAUGACUGUGUGCCCUCGAUCCUUCUCCCACUCCUCUUUUUCUACUCCAAGUUGCACCCCCUAUAGAAUUCCCAAUGCAUGUCAAUAGCCUUUCAAAUGUAAUAUCAUUUCACUAUGGGUAUAACCAGCCAUCCGUUUACCCUACAACUUUCCCCCAGGAAAAUCUGUGAUUUAGCACUGAUUCAGAACAAAUGGCAAUCAGGUUCUUCACAGAUUGCCAUUUGUUCUGAUUUAGCACUAAAGAGUGGUGGUUUUUUUUAGGAUAUUAUCAUCAUCAUCAUUUAGAUAUAUAUACCACCCUAUAUCAAAAUACCCUAGGGCGGUGUACAAUAUUAAGAACGUAUUUUACAGAGCAUAAGGAAAACAAUACAGAGCAUUAUAAUAGGCAGUGUACUAAUAAAAUCACCAUAACAGGAAAGCAGCAGGGCAAAGGCUCCACUUGGAUCCAUGCCUGGAAAAUGUGGGACAAGCAGAAAACUGCUUGGACCCGUACUUUCUAAGCACGAGUCAAGCGGAAGUGUGGACGAGCCCCUCAACAAGAGGUUGAGCAUGUCAGCUUAAUUAAGCAAAUGAUGAAUGCAGGUGUGCGUCCCAUUUCACUGCUGCGCAUAAGCUCAUCUCCCAGCUCACAGAGCCAAAUUUACCAGUUUCUGGAAAUCACAGGUGAGGAGAGUUUUGCUGUGCUCAGGUCUUGCUUGCUUGCAGGCUUCCCACCAGCAUCUGGCUGGCCACUGUGAGUACAGGAUGCUGAACUAGAUGGGCCUUUGGUGACGGUCCAGUAGGUCUCUUAUUGUGUUGUGCUUGGCUUUGGAUACUAUACAGCAGGAGCCAUGUAAGUCUGCCUCAACAUGAUGCGGUUGGCUGGUGUAGAUUGAGUUGCUAUGCAACUUAUCUUGCAGCUGCUGUCAUUUUCGAAGGCAAAAGUUCACACAUCUGUGUUUUAAAUACAGAUGAGGUAGUUCCUCACCCCCUGCUGUGUUUGGGGAAACAAAGCCGCUAUCGUCUAUGACAGCUUCCAGUCUUUGCUGUCGCUCAGUUCCUCUUCUUUCACUGCCAGGGACAAAUUAAGAGGAUGAAUGUGCAAAAUCCAGCAUCCAUCUCAGCUUCCAGUGAGAACAAAUCUCUUUGCAUCUUGGUUGCUCACUCCAGGCAACUUCUACUUGGCACACUCAAGUGGCAAAUGGUAUACUGUAGAUGCCUUUGGCCCCUUGUCACCCAAGACACUAAAACAGACGUGGGGAGACAGUAGCCUCUAGAUCAGCCACCCCCAAACUCGGCCCUCCAGAUGUUUUGGGACAACUCCCAUCAUCCCUGACCACUGGUCCUGUUAGCUAGGGAUGAUGGGAGUUGUCCCAAAACAUCUGGAAGGCCGAGUUUGGGGAUGCUGUUGGACUCCAGCUCCCAUCAGUCCUAGCCAAUGUAACCAAUGGCCAGGGAUGAUGGGUACUGAAGUCCAACAAUACCUGGGGGUGGGGCACAGUCUCCUCAUUCCUGUGCUGAAGAGUGCCUCUGUCUCUUAUUUGUGGCCUGUUUCAAUCUCGCUAAUGUGCAAUGAGGACACAUUGUGUGGAAGACCAAGCAAUUAUACCACUUCAUGUUAAUUUAAAGCAGAGUCUGUUGUGCCCAGCGGAAGGAUGAGAAUACGUGCUCCAUACUCCAUAUAGCUUUAUUUACAGUUCAAAGCUGGUAUAUUACAGAAAGACAUCUUGCCUCUGCAAGAGCAGAAAAAUGCAUCCUCUCUCCUCGACAGCUUGGAGAGAAUCACACAGUGAAAAACAGGAAACCAGUGUACGUCACAUCCAGUCUCCUUUCCUGUGAGAAACUCCAACAGUACAGACUGUGGAAUGUAAACACCUGUCUCGUGACAUGCAGAGCUGCACAGUGAAGGAAAGCAGAAACCAACAUCCUCCCCUUUCUGUGAACAUCACUGGGCAGCGUGUUUGCACAAUAUCAGUACAAACCCAACUUCUGCACAUAGGUACAGUGUUGAUCCCUUGAUACAAUCUUGGACAAUACAUCAGCAGGAAUUUCAUUACCUGGCAUAUAGGACACCGUUACGAGUCCCUUCUGAAUACAUUCCCUAGCAUGCUGCAACUUUAAUUGCAAGUGCUUUGUGCUUUGCUUACAACCUUCAGACUUCAGCAAAGCCAAACAUGCUUUGUUGUCCUGGUAAACCUGGAUUGGACAUUUGACAGGAAUUUUCAUAUCUUUGCACAAUUGUACUAACCAUUCACAAUCCUUAAGUGAAUAAGACAGUGCAUUCAGUUCAGCUUCACAAGUACUUAAGCUAACUGUUGUUUGCUUCUUGCAUGACCAAUCAAACAGACUCUGAUUGUACAUGUAGCAAACUCCAGACGUACUUUUCCUGUCUGUAGCGUCACUUCCAAAACUUGCAUCUGCAAAUAUCUCAAGACCACCAGACUUCUGAUUGUUAAAUCUCAGUCUGUAAUGCAUAGUGCCUUUCAAAUACCGCGCUAUGCGUUUCAGAGCUUUCCAAUCCUUGACACUAGGAUUGUUGACUUGUCUGCUUAGCAAAUUACAGCUAACAGCAAUGUCUGGUCUUGAACAUCUGGCAAUGAAGUUUAGCUUGCCUAGCACACUCCUGUACAGUGUAGUGUCAGAAAAUGCUUCUUCAGUGUCAUCUACCUGAUAACCUGUUGUCAUCGGUGUGUCUACAGGGUUAGCAUCCAUCAGAUUUAGUUUGCUUAACACAUCAGCAAUUUUCCGUGACUGGUGUACUAGAAUGUUACCAUCUUGAUCUCUCUCUAUUUCCAGAGAUAGGUAGUUGUUUACCUCACCAAGAUCUUUCAUGUCAAAGUGCUCUUUCAGUUGAGCUAGGGCGCUAUUGUACAUUGCAACAUCUUUCCAAAAGAAUAAUAAAUCAUCAACAUAAAACAAACAGUACAGUUUCUUUUGCCCCUCCUCUUUGACAAAUACACAUGGAUCAGCUUUCCCUUGCUGAAAACCUAGAGAAAACAAUACUUCAGUGAGUUUUGUGUGCCAACACCGUGCACUUUGUUUGAGACCAUAAAGGGAUUUCUUCAGAGCACAAACAAAUCCCUGUUUUACCUGUACGCCAUCAGGUGGAAGCAUAUAAAGUGAUUCAUCUAGAGAUCCGUACAGAAAAGCUGUAUUAAUAUCAUGGUGACUAAUGUGUAGAUUUUCCUCUGCAGCUAGCUUGAGCAUAAGCCUAAUGCUUUCAUAUCUCACUGUGGGUGAAUAGGUCUCGUGAUAGUCUUCACCUGGUACCUGUGCAAAACCUCUGGCUACCAAUCUGGCUUUGUGUCUGACUAUCUUGCCAUUUUGAUCUGUCUUCGCUUUGAAGACCCAUUUGCUUCCAAGCAGUUUCAUUCCUGGAACUACUGGAACUAGCUCCCAUGUUUUGUUCCUUUCUAAGGAAUCAAGCUCAGCCUUCAUGGCAUUUAACCAUGGCUCAGCUUCCUUCGAAUCCAAACCCUGGAUUUCUUGGAAACUUGAAGGUUCAAAUACCUUCUUGGAGCUUUUAACAGCUGUUACUGCUAUCUUAGCAAACUCAUCAGCAAAUCUCUUUGGAGGUUUGCCUUUUGUGGCUCUCUGUGACCUACGAAUUAUCCUUAAGUCUUCAACACUCUCCUCUUCCUUCUUAGGAGAAAAACGACCUAUUGUGAACAAUGGUUCCUCCAAUUCUUGAUCAGAGCUUUCAGAGGGUCGCAUAGAGGCUUUCGCACUCUUGAAAUCCUCUGAAUCACCCGAUUCAGUUUCAGAUUCAGACUCAGAACCUUCAUCAGUGGGUGUGGGCUGUUGUGGUUGCUUUUGACUAUCCUCAGUCUCAUCACCGUCAUCAGGAUAACAUUGGAAAAUUCCCACAUUCUCCCCCACUUUGCAUUGUACUCAACACUUCUCGUGAGCUUAAUUGUCUUAGAGUCAGUCAUCAUUAUUCUGUAAGACCCUUUCUGAUAACCUAGAAAGAUACCAUGCAAUCCACGCUUGUCUAACUUGGAGUUUUGUGGUGAGCGAACCCACAUGUCAGAACCAAAAAUCUUCAUGUGUUUGAUGUAUGGCUUCUUGCCAAACAUCUUCUCAUAGGGGGUACAUCCAAUCGCUGAAGAUAACCUGCGAUUGUAACUGUAAACAAAACACGAGAGAGAUUCGGCCCAAUAACUCUCUGGAAGAUUGGCAUCAUGCAGCAAGGUUUUUAGACCUUGAAGCAAUGUCUGAUUUGCCCGUUCCGCAAGUCCAUUCUGCCAUGGCGAGCGAGGACUAGACAAAUCGUGUUGAAUUCCUUUCUCAGUCAGAAAAGCUUCAAACUGCUGAGAAGUGAAUUCCCCCCCGCGAUCACUGAAAAGAGUCUUUAUCUUCUUACCAUGCACAUUUUCCAACCAAGCACAGAAUUCCUUGAACCUAGGAAAAGCCUCCGAUUUCUGCUUGAGAUUGUACACAAAAAUAUAUCUAGAAAAUGCAUCAAUGAGAACCAUGAAGUAUCUAUUUCCACCCAAAGAGGGCGCUAGUGGUCCAACCAAAUCAGCAUGAACAACCUGGUAUGGUUCUGUAGCUGUCCUACUAGACACCUUACCUUUCGCAGCCAUUUUCACCUUGUUUGCUGCGCAUGCUUUGCACUUCAUGUGGUACCUGCAGGGUUUAAUAGUCAUACCUUCAACCAAGGCAGGCAUUUUAGAUACUGCCUCAAAAUGCAAAUGACCAAAUUUGCGAUGAAAAUCGUGAAUACAUUCUGCAUGCAAACUUUUGUUAGAACCUGCAAUGCAACAAGUGUCAUCCUGCACCACAUCAUCAUAAUACAAAACAAACAAAUGAUCAACAUAUUCUGCAUGCAAUACAUAAUCAUUUUUCUUUGUGAUGAUGCACUUCUUGUUCUUGAAGGAAACGUCAAUGUUCCGCUCAUUCAGCUGUCCAACGCUGAGCAGAUUAUGUUUGGCGUCUGGCACGUAAAGCACAUUCUGUAUCGAUAAGUCCAAACUGUGAAGAACAACAGUUCCGUAGCCUUUACUGGGAAUAGUGUGGUCAUCCGCCUGGUGAAUCGCACCUUCCUGCGGUGUAAAAGACACAAACAGUUUCUUAUCGUUGCACAUGUGGUGGGUGGCCGCUGAAUCAACAACGAAGAAAGAUCUAGACGUCUUCUGGACCUCUGCAACCUUUGGAGUGAAGCGUGAAACCAUAGCCUUGUGCUGCGUUGUCCUAGACACCGGACCUUUGCCUUUGCCUCGGCCUUUUCCGCGUGAUGAGCUUUCGCUGCGCUGCUCUGUCUUGGCCCUGGGAUGUCUGCAUUCCCUCUUCAUAUGGCCUAGACGUCCACACGAGUAGCAUUUGACUGCCUUCAAAGCUUUGGCGCCAUCUGGUGGUUCCACUGCACUAUGGGAUGACGUCUGUGAAGACUCUCCCUUGCCCAUGCAGCUAGCACCCCGGCGAUCUGCUUCAUUUAAAAUCACGGCAGUAACAAAGUCCACUGUCAGCUGAGCAGUUGGUUGCACAGCAAUCUGGGUUGCAACAGACUCCCAACCUGAACCCAAAGAUUGUAGUAUCAUGAAAGAAUACACAGCCUCUGGAAAGUUGAGUCCUCUCUGUUGCAGCUCAUGUCUCAGAUUUUGCAUCUGCAUCAGAUGUAAACGCACAUCUCCACCUUCAGCAAGAGCCAUAUUAUGCAGCUUGUUAAAGUAAAACAUAGUUGAUCCAGCUUCUGUCCUUAAGUGAGCCUCUCUCAGAGCGUCCCAAAUUUCUCUGGCUGAGGUCUUAUCACGCAAUAGACAGAGCUCUUCUGGGGAUACUAUCAAUGUAAGAGUUCCCCUUGCUUUGGAAUCCUUAGCUUCCCAUGCAUCUGUAACUGGAACUGGGGGUUUCUGUAAUCACCUCAAACAAACCCUCUUUCCGCAGAAUUGCCUCUGCAUACUGAACCCAGUCGCUGUAAUUUUUCUUGUUGAGCUUAGGAAUCCCACAAGCAUCCUGAAGGGCCAUCAUGACUCUGGCAUUAGCCUUCAGCGUCAUAUGCUGCUUUAAAUCUUGCUGCGUCACUGCUGCAGCUGCCUCAUUACAAAGGCACACUUAAAAGUUACUUCGAUUUCCCCAGCAUAGUGACUUGUGCCUGGGAGCCUUUUGCCUAUUCUGCAAAACCGGCUUUAAAAGUUCAAAGUCCAGCCAUAAAGCCAUUAUCUUGAAGCUGGCAGGCUGCCCGGAGCAGUAGCACAUACCUCAUCAAUCACUUCUACGCGCAGAGCAGAUUCCGUUCCGAUCCGUUCCUCUGCAUUCCGAUCCUCUGCCGGCAGUCCGAUUCGACCUCUGGGCCCAUAACCACGUGUUAAUUUAAAGCAGAGUCUGUUGUGCCCAGCGGAAGGAUGAGAAUACGUGCUCCAUACUCCAUAUAGCUUUAUUUACAGUUCAAAGCUGGUAUAUUACAGAAAGACAUCUUGCCUCUGCAAGAGCAGAAAAAUGCAUCCUCUCUCCUCGACAGCUUGGAGAGAAUCACACAGAGUGAAAAACAGGAAACCAGUGUACGUCACAUCCAGUCUCCCUUUCCCGUGAGAAACUCCAACAGUACAGACUGUGGAAUGUAAACACCUGUCUCGUGACAUGCAGAGCUGCACAGUGAAGGAAAGCAGAAACCAACACUUCAAACAGCCAUAAGGUAAAGGGACCCCUGACCAUUAGGUCCAGUCAUGGCCAACUCGGGGGUUGCGGUGCUCAUCUCGCUUUACUGGCCGAGGGAGCUGGCGUACAGCUUCCGGGUCAUGUGGCCAGCAUGACUAAGCUGCUUCUGGCGAACCAGAGCAGCGCACGGAAAUGCCGUUUACCUUCCCGCCGGAGUGGUACCUAUUUAUCUACUUGCACUUUGAUGUGCUUUUGAACUGCUAGGUUGGCAGGAGCUGGGACUGAGCAACGGGAGCUCACCCCGUCGUGGGGAUUCGAACCGCCGACCUUCUGAUCGGCAAGUCCUAGGCUCUGUGGUUUAACCCACAGUGCCACCCGCGUCCCUCAAAUAGCCAUAGAUCCCCCCAAAUACUGGGAGAUGUAGUUUGUUAAGGGUGCUGAGAGUUGCUAGGAGACUCCAAUUCCUCCUGCAGAGCUUCUGUUCCCAGAGUUCCCAAGGAAUAGGGAAUGACUUUGAAAUCACUCUGAGAACUGGACUAAUUUAUUAGGGCUUGUCUUCUGUUUCUAGGAAACUUCCCUCCCCCCAGAUGUUGCUGGAUACACCCCCGACCAUUAGACAUUCACCCUUCACCCAGCAGAUGCAUCCCAUCAUGUGUUUCAGGGUGAACACUGACAUGUGUAAAAGGGCAUUCUAACUACGGUAUAUUUGUGAAGAGUCAUGAUGUAGCUGUAGCUCCCUGGCAACUCAUAUUCACCGGUUCAUAGAAGGCGGCUUUAUCUGUCUGUCUACUCCAAGUGUGACUAACUUUUGGCUCUCCAAAUGUUGUUUGACUAAAACUCCCCAUCAGCUCCAGCAAGCAUGGCCAAUAGCCAGGGGUGACUAGAGUUGUAGUUUUGCAACAUCUGGAGAGCUACAGGUUCACCACACCUGAUCUAACCCAAUCUAGGACUAGCCAACGUGGUGCUCACCAGUUGUCACUGAGCUACAACAUCCAUCAUCCCUGACCAUUAGCCAUGCUGGCUGGGGCUGAUGGGAGUUGCAGUCCAAGAGCAUCUGCAUGGAUACCAGUUACUAGUCCAAUAUUCUCUAGUCUGACUGGCAGUAAGCUUUCUGGGGAUUCAGACACAGAAAAGCCUUUCCCAUUGCCUGCGACUGAUCUACUUAUAACUAGGGAUACUUUCCAGAGAUUAGGAACUUUGGGAGCUGCCUUAUACAGUGGUACCCCAGGUUAAGUACUUAAUUCGUUCUGGAGGUCUGUUCUUAACCUGAAACUGUUCUUAACCUGAAGCACCACUUUAGCUAAAGGGGCCUCCUGCUGCCGCCGCGCUGCCGGAGCAUGAUUUCUGUUCUUAUCCUGAAGCAAAGUUCUUAACCUGAAGCACUAUUUCUGGGUUAGCAGAGUCUGUAACCUGAAGCGUCUGUAACCCAAGGUACCACUGUAUUGAGUCAGUCAGUUUGCCCAUCCAGCUCAGUAUUUUCUAAAUAUCUACACAGUCUGGCAGUGCCUCUCUUUCAGGUUUCGGACAGGGCUCUUUUCCAGACCUACCUGGAGAUGUUGAGGGUUGAACCUGGGAGCUUCUACAUGCAAAGCACAUGCCCUAGUACUGACCUAUAAUCCUUUCCCAACGAUUAAGAAAUGGGAGAAGCUGCCUUAUGCUGAGUCAGAUCAUUGAUCCAUCAUCUAGUUCAGGAUUGUCCACCCUGGCUGGAAGCGGCUCUCCAGAUUUCCACACGGGUCUUUUACAGCCCUAUCAGUAGGUGUCAGGUAUUGAACUUGGGACCUUCUACAUGCAAAGCAGCUAUUCUACCACUGAGCUAUGCGUCUUCAUCAGUUUAACCAUAUAAGUUAACCAGACUUGGGACUUCCCUAUCAAGAUUCUAAGACAUUUAACUGGUAGGAUUAUUUAGAUGGCAUAGUACUAUCUCAGGACUGUAAAGACACAAACAGGGUGGAUUGGUUUUUUGGUUCUUAAAGUUGGUGCUGGAUUCUUAAAGUGAGGGCUGCUGUAAGUCUGAGUUCUUAAUCUGAUGUCCCAGGACUUUUUGCACAUGCUCUUCCAUUGAGCCAUGGCCCUUUCUACAUCUCAGAGUGACUCAGCCCCAAUAUAUCUCAGUGGGCAAAGCGUCCUUUGGUCCAAACUAUACAUUUCACACAAAUGUGAGCAGGAGAAGCCAGCUCAUGUUGGGGUGGGGUGAACUGGUGGGAGGAGGACCCUGAGGAACAUAGGAAGCUGCCUUAUACUGAGUGAGAACCUUGGUCCAUUGAGCCCACCAUUGUCUACCCUAGCAGACAGCAGCAUCUCUAGGGAUCUCUCCCAUCCCUACCUGAGAGAUGCUGGGGGUUGAACCAGAGUCCUUCCAGAUGCAAAGCAGAUGCUCUACCACUGAACUACAACUCUUCCCCAUCUCCACCCUCCACCCCCAGGGCUUCAAAUGUGUGUUUGCCCUGGUCAGCCCUCUCAAAAGGCACAUACACAUAGCAUGACAAUAUGCAUUUAGUGCUGGAUGCGAGUGCUUUUUGGGGGUGCUGUACACAUGACAUCAUCCCCAAGUCAUCCCUGGCCCACACUACUUGCCAAUAUAAAGUGCAUUCUUCUGGGCUGGGUAUAAUUCAUUUUGUGCCAGUAAUGUACUUCUUGAGCACUUACUGCCUGGCUGAGUACUAUACAGAGAGAACUUUCUUGGGUUGCUUAUACUUACCAGUCCCCUUCAAAAUAGGACGCAGUACAGUAACUCUGUAUACCAAUAUAGUAUACCAACACACCAAAUUCCAGCUCCUCUCUUUUGAAAGGUUGGGGGAAAUGAUUUUUUUUUUUAAAAAGGACUGUGGAAACACUAAUUGAGAGGUGGAAAUUAGUGAAAAUGUGCUCAUCUGUGUGUACAGAUGACAUAGAAGUAGCUGCUGCUUUAGAUUAGUUACAGGUAGGUAGCCAUGUUGGUCUGCUGUAGUCGAAACAAAAGAAGUGUGCAUGCACACGAAAGCUCAUACCAAUAAGAAACUUAGUUGGUCUCUAAGGUGCUACUGGAAGGAAUUUUUAUUAUUAUUAUUUUGUUUCACUUUAGAUUAGGUUAUUGUGCAAAGGUGGGUUUACUUGCUAGCCACUAUAUGCAAGGGCAGCCUGUGAAAAAAUGUCCUUUGUGUGUUUCAAAGGCUACACAUGUGCACAGCCUAAGUGGUUUCUUCAGCAAAAGGAGGAUCUUGGCAUACAUUGCUGAACUGAGAACUUAUUUAUUGCUAUUUGAUUUGAUUUUUAUCCUGGCAUUUUAAAAAAAGUGAACAGCUGUAUUUUUAUCGCAAGCUUUCCUGCUUCUACCCCCCCCCCUCUGCUUACCCUCCCCCUCCCUAUCUGUGCACAUUUACAGAUUGGACAUAAAUUACAGAAUAGCUUCGCUUACAUCCAGUGUCCAUAUAAAAUGUCAAAAAUAGGCCUAUAGGACAUCUCAGCAUACUAAAGUCUGCAAAUAAGAUAUUAAGAAUAGCAUUACUAAUAAAGAAAGAAACAAAAGCACAUUCCGUUCUUAACACUGCACUGAGCUUGCUUCUUAGACUCUUUUAGAAUAUCUUGAAAUGUAUCUUCUUCCUGGAGUCUGAAAUAUCAGCCCCAUUUGUAAGCAGAAAGUUCCAAAAGGUCUCAAAACCAGGGUUCAACAGUGGGGACAGUCAGCGUCUUUCAGUUUUAUAGGAGGAUAGGCUUGGCCACCAAUAUGUGUCUGGACUGUGUCCUCGUCUCUUCAACGGACAGCUCCGGUUUGAGGCAAACAUGCCCCCACAAAAGGGUGCAUGUCCUUAAUUUCCAAUGAUUCCUCUCAUACCAUGUUGCAUGCUGCUUUGAAAGCUGGAAAAACAAGAUGUAAAUAAUGGGGUUUUUUUCCAGUGCUAGCCCUACUCAGAGUAGACCCAUUGCAGUUAAUGGACAAAGCUAAGACAGGCUCAUUAAUUUCAGUGGGUCUGUUCUGAGUAGAACUUAGCUGGCUACAUUGCACUGUCACAAGCGCUUGCAUUUAUUCCUUUAUUUCAUUUUACAUCCUUCCUUUCUUCAGUGCAACCGAAGAAGUUCCCAGAAGGUCUUCUGUCUAGAUCAGGGGAUGGAGAACCUCACGCCCUGAGACCAGCUAUGGCCCUCCAAGCCUCUCUUAUCUGGCCCUCAUUGCUCCCCCUACACCACACAACCAUCCUUGGCCAAAAUCCUCAGAGGCCCUGCUUUGCACCCGAAGUGUUUUUGCCUGACUGGAGCAUGUCUUUGAUCUCCAAUAAUGACUCUGGAUGGAGACUAGAGACGGCCGUGUAGGAACUAACCUAUCAUUACAAAGGUACAAUGGUACAUCUGUCGCUCCAUCCACUUUUGCCUCUGGCCUUGCCCACUGUCAGUGUAGCCCCCAGAAGGCUAGGUGGCCCUUGGGCUGGAAGAUCUCCCCACCUCAAACCAUUUAGCUUUAGCUGUUAGCCUAUAUAGAGUGAGUUGGAAGAGAUCACGAGGGUCAUAUGGUCCAGCUCCCUCCAAAAGGAGGAAUCUUUUGCCCAACGUGGUGCUUGAACCCACAAUCUUGAGAUUAAGUCUCAUGCUCUACUGCCUGAGCUAUCCCCCCCCACCCCAACACACACACUUCAAGUGAGUCAGACCAUUGACCUCUGGAGUUUAAUACUGUCCUUUCUGAAUGGCAGAGCUGACAUACUCUGUCAGGAAAUGUCAAGGUUUAAACCCUAGGCAUGCAAAGUAUGUAGUCUGCCUCUGAACUAGGGGUCUCCACAGCAACAUCUUCAACCCAUUACACUCUUUCCCCCAACUUUCCCAGUACUUACAGUUACAUUCUUUCCCUCACCUCCUCAUGCCUCCGUACAGAUGGCCAUAUGCAUUUCGUUCUUGUGGUUGGGUAUUUUUGCAUCAAUCUCAUGCUGUCUUCUUGCCCGUACUUCUAAGUUUGAUCUUAUUUUCUGAGAAAAAACAGGGUUGAGGGGGUUGAUUUGCAGGUGAGAUCAUGAAGCAAGCCAAGCGUAGAUUUUUCUAAAAGGAGUCAGACACUGAAAGAGGGUACCUACAUGAAUGGAUGCAUGCAUCCAGGUGCAGUGGUACCCAAACUGAAAAAGUGGGCUGGGCUAGAGCCACUGAUAACAAAUCUAAUGUAAUAAGAGUCUUCUGGAUCAUGUUAAUGGGGAUAGCUCAGUCAGAAGAGCAUGAGACUCUUAAUUUCAGGGUUGUGGGUUCAAGCCCCACAUUGGGCAAAAUAUUCCUGCAUUGCAGGGGGUUGAACUAGAUGACCCUCUGGGUCCCUUCCAACUCUACAAUUCUAUGAUUCUAUAUACUUCUUGAAUACAAUCAACCCUAAGUGGUCCAGCGCCAAGGGCCUUCUGGCAGUUCCCUCACUGCAAGAAGCCAAGUUACAGGGAACCAGGCAGAGGGCCUUCUUGGUAGUGGCACCAACCCUGUGGAAUGCCCUCCCACCAGACGUCAAAGAGAACAACAACUACCAGACUUUUAGAAGACAUCUGAAGGCAGCCCUGUUUAGGGAAGCUUUUAAUGUUUGAUGCAUUACUGUAUUUUAAUACUUUGUUGGAAUCCGCCGAGAGUAGCUGGGGAAGCCCAGCCAGAUGGGCGGGGUAUAAAUAAAUUAUUAUUAUUAUUAUUAUUAUUAUUAUUAUUAGGAACUGAGUACAAUGGUAUUCUCCCCAUCUGUGUGAUCUCCAGAAGAUGGUAUUCAGAGGCAUAAAAAGUAAAGUAAAGGGACCCCUGACCAUUGGGUCCAGUCGUGGCCAACUCUGGGGUUGCGGCACUCAUCUCACUUUAUUGGCCGAGGGAGCCGGCGUACAGCUUCCGGGUUAUGUGGCCAGCAUGACUAAGCCGCUUCUGACGAACCAGAGCAGGGCACGGAAACGCCGUUUACCUUCCCCGCCGGAGCGGUACCUAUUUAUCUACUUGCACUUUGACGUGCUUUCGAGAUGCUAGGUUGGCAGGAGCUGGGACUGAGCAAUGGGAGCCCACCCCAUCGUGGGGAUUCGAACCGCAGACCUUCUGAUCGGCAAGCCCUAGGUUCUGUGGUUUAACCCACAGCGCCACCCGCGUCCCUAUUCAGAGGUAUACUGCCUCCCAAAUGUGGAUGUGGAACACAGCUGUCCUGGAUAAUUGUUAGCUUUAUCCUCCAUGAAUUUGUCUAAGCCUCCACGUUCCUGGAAGGAAAUUCUGUAGUUUAACUAUGUGCUUUGUGAAGAGGUACUUUCUUUUGUGUAUCCUGAAUCUUUCAGCAUUCAGCUCCACUGAAUGUUCCCAAGUUCCAAUCUGCUCAUCUUCUGCAUGACAGCUCUUCAGACAUGCCUCUUCCUUACAUUAAUACCAGUAACACAUUAAAUAAAACUUACCAGUUUUUGGACACACCCCUCAGAGGGGCCCAUUUCAGCUUAUCUUAAUUAAUUUCAGAAGACUUUUUAUGGGUAGCAAUGUGGGGCAGUGCUUAGAAUGCUGGACCAGGACUUGGGAGGACAGGAUUCCAGUCCCUACUCAGCUAUGAAGCUCACUAGGUGACCUUGGGCUGGUCAAGACUGAGACAGCCAAACCUACCUCACAGGGUUGUUGUGAGGCUAAAAUGGAGAGGGCCACCUUCACCUGCAUGGGGGAAAGGUGGGAUACUGUGUAUAUGUAACAAUGAAAGAAAUACAAUACGAAAUGUGCCCAUGACAGACUAAACAGAGGACGAGGGAGAGUACACUUUGAGGAUUUGCUGUACGGGCAAAUCUGCUCUGAUCAGAUGCAACUUGUGCUUUAAAACACCUGCUUCCAACAAGACCCAAUUCUCAAUGCUUUAAAAGACUGGCUAAGAAAAAAACCUGACUGGUAAACUGAACUGUUUUUAUUCUUGUUGCCUUUUUCUUUUCAAAAAAAGAUUUCCCACCAAAGAAGUGACAGAUUGUCCUAGAAUGUGAGAGAAGGAAGAAGCCAAAGAAAAUACAGUGAGUAUCCCUUUGAAACUCUGAGCCAAAUAUGCAGGUUGUUUGAUAGAUUCUGCAUUUGAACGCAGACUCAGUUGCCUUUGCUUUGGUAGCCUUCAGGAUAGAUUAUUACAAUCUGUUAUACAUGGGACUUCCUUAGAAGAUUGUUCAGGAUGACAUGUUCUGUUUGCUGAUGCUCCAAGGAUGCAGUGGUGGCAGAAAAAUUACAGUGGUACCUAGGGUUAAGUACUUAAUUCAUUCCGGAGGUCCGUUCUUAAACUGAAACUGUUCUUAACCUGAAGCACUAUUUCUGGGUUAGCGGAGUGUAACCUGAAGCAUAUGUAACCUGAAGUGUAUGUAACCUGAGGUACCACUGUACUGUUGGGCCAAUAGUGGGUAUAACCUGUAUUUCAGAAGUGAGAAACCUCCUGCUCAGGAACCCAGUUUGGCCUGUUAAGCCAAUUUCCCCAAACCACAGCCACCUGACAUUAUAUGCAAUUAUAUGCAACAUAAGGGAUGCGGCCAGUGAAGACACAACUGGGUCCUUUGCCUGGAAAACAGAGUUGAAGUCCCUGUGCAUCAACUGAGGGUUGGGCAUUUCAAUCCUGCUUGCUUACGGUGCUCAAUCUAGUUCUCCAGAGGAAACUCACUGGUGCACUUGAACUCUGCUCGCUCUUUUCCCUCACCCCUGCAGGCCAACUUUGUCAGGAGGACAGAACCACCCACCUGCCAAUCACCUGACAUCAUUAGAUUGCCCUGUGUCAAAGUUGGCCCAUGGGGUGUGUUGAGGGGGAGGAAGAUCUAGCCUGGUAGGCCAAAAAGGUUCCCCACCCCUGCUAUAUUUGGUCACGCAAUAUAAACUGGGAUCCUUUCCUUGGGGCUGCUUUGCAGCGGAAUUCUUCUUAGCAUUUUGCUGUCUAUGUCAAGCUGGAUUUUCGGUUUCGUGUUCUAGGUGGAUAUAUUAAGCAGUGUUAUAUUGUACAGUUGUACCUUGGUUCUUGAACAGCUUAGUUCUCAAAUGUUUUGGCUCCCGAACAUCACAAAUCUGGAAGUGAGAGUUGCAGUUUGCAAACUAUUUUUGGAAGCCAAACAUCUGAAGGGGCUUCUGCGGCUUCUGAUUGGCUGCAGGAACCACAGCACAAUCACAGAACCUUCAAGAGAGACAAACAGGCUGGACAGUUUUUGUUUUUUUAAAGUUGGAGCUGGACGGAUGUUUGGGCUGCUGUAAGCCUGAGUUCUUAAUCUAAAGCUUUGGUGACUGCAUGUGGAUGUUGGACUGGACAAGAAGGCAGUCCAGAGGCAGGGAUCGUAAGCGCAGGGAAAACAUCAGAAGCGCUUUCUGUCGUCAAGCUUACCCAGAGAAUUUUAUCUUUCCUGCUUACACUCGUAAUCUUCUUAGCGCUCCCAGGAUCCAAAUGCCAUAUUUGGAAUUUGGAAGGCAUAUCUGAUUUUGUUCUAUGCCUGAGGCUUUUAAUUUAAGAUGCUUUGGUGCUUUGUUUAUAGUGAGUGACUAAUAAGUAUUAUUAUUAGCUGUUAUUACUAUUUCAAUUGAUAUCCUUCUGUUCUUCCCAAAGGAACCCAGGGUGACAAAGACAUUAACACCAACAACAGCAAUCUAAAAGCAUUCUAAAAAUAGUGAUCUCCGAGGUGGACAGGAAAAGUGUUUCUUAGCCGUCAAAUGCCUGGAAGGUUUUCAAAUUCCUCCUGAAAGAAGGAGACAGAUGAACCUCACCUGGGAGGGUUUUCCACAAACAGGGAACUGCCACUGAAAAGGCCCCGUCAAAGGUCCCUGGGAACCAAGAAACCAUUUCACCAGCUGGUUGUGGAGAUGGUUGAUAUUGGGGAAGCCACUGUUUUAGGUACUCUGCUCCCGAGUCAUUUGUAUGCCCAUACUAACACCUUGUGGGAUGUGGGUGGCGCUGUGGGUUAAACCACAGAGCCUAGGACUUGCCGAUCAGAAGGUUGGCAGUUUGAAUCCCCGCGACGGGGUGAGCUCCCGUUGCUCAGUCCCAGCUCCUGCCCACCUAGCAGUUCGAAAGCACGUCAAAGUGCAAGUAGAUAAAUAGGUACUGCUCCGGCGGGAAGGUAAACGGCGUUUCCGUGCGCUGCUCUGGUUUGCCAGAAGCGGCUUAGUCCUGCUGGUCACAUGACGCGGAAGCUGUAUGCCGGCUCCCUCGGCCAAUAAAGCGAGAUGAGCACCGCAUCCCCAGAGUUGGUCACGACUGGACCUAACGGUCAGGGGUCCCUUUACCUUUUACUAACACCUUGAAUUAGGACCAGUACAUUAAAAGUAACAGGGCUUCUCUCAAAGCAUCCUGGUAACUGUAGUUUGUUGAUGGUGCUGGGAAUGGUAGCUCUGUGGGGGUGAACUACAGUUCCCAAAAUUCUUUGGGGAAAGUAAUGUGCUUUAAAUGUAUUUAAAGUAUUAUUGACUUUCAGGAUUUUAUUUUUUAAACAAAUCCUGUUUAUCCCAGCAUUUGAUGGCUGAAAGACACUGUUACUGGCAUCCCUGAGAUCACCAUUUGUUUGUUUUUCAAAAAGUGUUUUAUCAUUGAUGUGUUUUCUGCUCUGGGCUCCUUCAAAAGCAAGGGUGGGAUAUAAGUUAAAAUAAUAAUAUGAAUAAUCCAAUGUUGUGGUUAGAGUUUCGGACCCAGACCUGGGAGAGCAAGGUUCAAGUCCCCAUUCUUCCAUGAAGAUCACUGGGUGAUCUCAGGCCAGUCACUGCCUCUCAGGGUUGUUGUGGGGAUUAAAUGGGGGGGGGGGGAGAACCACAGAUGCCCCCUUGAGCUCCUUGGAGAAAAUGAUGGGGUAUUAAUGCAAGGAAUAAAAUAAUAACUAAAUGACAAUGUUGUGAAUGUGCCCCGUUCCCUUGUUGGUCUGGGGAUACUGAAGGGAACAUUCAGCUGAACAAUACAUGGGGACCCUUGCAGACCUUCCCCCUGAGUGGAAGAAGGAUAGGAGUCAGGGUAUAGCAGUCGUGGGUAGGAAUUUUGUGGUUGGGGACAGUGGUUCCCACUCUCGUUGUGUGACUGCCUGCAUCCACAGAACACAUUUAUUUAGAAGCCUCUUCGUCAAAGAGCUCUCUAAGCGGUGUCCAGCUAAAACCGCAGAUCAAAGACAGCUAAAAUCCACAGAAUCAUUAAAAAGGCAAAUCUUCAUAGCAUAUUUUCCCUUAAAGUGCAGAUAAAAAUAAGCCAGACCUUUUAAACCAACUUUGACACUUGGGUGAGAAAAGCCACCUGUCAGUUGCCUGGCAGCCUUAUGAUCCAGCAACUUAUCUACCUUCCCCACACCUGAUGCCAUAUAUAAUAUCAGACCUGGGAGAAGUGGGUUUGGUUUCAGGGAGAAAUGGCCUCGUGAGUCAAAUCCUCAUCGAGUUAUUUAUAUACUGCUGUUUGUCCAAGGCCCCCAAAGAGGUGAAUAGAUUAAUACAACCCCAAAUAAAAUAAAAGUGCAUCAACUAGAAACACAAAAAUACAAAAAAUAAAUCUGGUAAACCAAUGAAUAAAGAUAUAGAACAGGAAAAACUCGGGCGCAGCAUGAAUAACACCUCGUGCAUUUGUGAGUCGCAUUCCUGCUCUCACCGCAAAUGCCAACUGCCCAUCACAAACCGUGUCCUCAACAAUAGGGUUCUCCCUGGAAACAGCUGCAGCUGUGGCAAAGUUCUUACGGUUGCUGCCUGGGAGCAGUCUUGCCAGGCUCAGGUUCCCCAGCCCCUGGCCUAAAAGGAAAUAGUGAGGGUGUCUGCCUAACAUCAGUGAGCAGAGAGUUCCAAAGUACAAGAGUGACUCCUUGCCCCAGUGGGACUCAUGUGUGCUAAGAAGCACAUGAUAUCAUUGUCUUAUUGGUUUACUCGUUUUCAUGGCUCUGCAGGUACAGGGGCAAGGGGCCAGCAUUUUGAUGGAGUAAAAUGUGUGUCACCUUAGAAUUGCUUUUGCUUUCGUUGGCUUUAUGCCUUAGCUUGGGACGGAAAUGGUUUACGGUUUAUUUCCCCCGAGAGAAAUCCACCAGGAGCUCUGAAGAACCAGUUAUGCAAUCAAUUCACACACACUUGCUUAUUGAUUCCAGCUCUGUGUGUUUGUUUGCCUUAAUGAAACCUAAGCCUGGCUUGAUUUGUCAAUGACAGGCUAAAUUGCUGUGUUGGAUUAGGGUCUGUUGUUGUCUUUGAUGGGAACUGAUGUGCACCAGCAAACUGUUAUUUCCCUUUUCAAACUCCCUUUUCUUCUUUCUUUUCAGGACAGCAACGGAAGCUUGUCUGGGAGGGGUCUUGAUCUCCUGAUCGCUAAAUAAUUAUAAUUGACUCUACAUCAGUGUUCAGAAAAGAAGGAGGAGGAAAAGCUCCCUUUUUAAAAUAACCAGUUUGUUCCUUUUGUGUUCAGUUUGGGGAAUGGCUAUCAUGGGUUCCCCAGAGACAGUGAAGUUGCCGUCAUCUGAUAGGGAUACUCCAGAGGGGGGUAUUUUGGUUGAGAAAGGACAGGAGUAGUUACUCUGGAUCCCAGAAUCAUCAGCUAUAAUUUAACUUGCUCGUUAAAUUACAAAUCCUAGAAGCAGUUCUGUCCCUUUAAUACUGUUUCUCCACCCAAGAUGCUCACUGCUGGUUUAACAUGGAACUUACACUGAGGGAAUACAAGUCCUUCAUCCAUAGUCCGGCUAUAAGCUGCUUCUAUGGGUGCCUACUUGACAUGUAUAGAUGUCUGUCUUUUUGAUGCUGACUCAGGUAUUUUGAAAUGCACAUGUCAUAAUUCCCCUUUCCUCCAGCAGCCAGUCAUUGUGAAGAAGGAACAACAACACUUUAAGCAAGUCAUGAUGGCUGGAUGAAGCCAUUCCUUGAUGCAGUUUCAUUACUUACAACAGAGGCAGCGAAGGUGUGUCCCUCCUGACGUUGAUGUAGUCCAACUUUCAGCAGCCAUAGCAAGCAUGGCCAAGGGUUAGGGAUGUUAGGACUAUUUGGAGAGCUCUAGGUUUUCUGCUGCUAAUCUACCAAUAGGCAAACGUAGCAAAGGUGGGGGUAGGGAUAUGGAUUUUGUCAUGAUUGGUUUUGAUAGUGAGGGUCAAGGAUCAAACAAGGGUGAAAAUGGAAUCAUGCUUCAAGACAGCCAUCUCCAACCCAAUGCUUUCUAGAUAUUUUGGACUACAAGUCCCAUCAAUCCCAGUCAAUGGACAGAAAUGAUGGGAUCUGUAAAAUAAAAUAAAAGGAGGGCACCAGGUUAGGGAAGACUGUUUUAGGCACUGUUGUUCUGCAGUGAUGGCAGAGAAUUAACAGGGGUGGGCUGUCUUAUCACCACAUUUCAGGGUUUCCAGCAUUUCAGCUGGUCGUUUGAUUUGCAGGUGCUAAUUUGCAGGUGCUAAUGUUUAUAGCAGUAUGCCGUCAAAAGCUUCCCCUGCUGAUUUUUAGGGGCUGAAACCUGUAAAGCAGGUGUAGGGAACCAGUGGUGAACUAUAACUCCCAUCAGUCUUAACCAUUGCCUAUGCUUGCUGGGGCUGAUGGGAGUUGCAGUUCAGCAACAUUGAGGCUGUUUCCCACCUGCCUGGCUAGGCAGCAACCCUGCUAUAGCUCAAUGGUAGAACACAUGCUUUACACACAGAGUGUCCCAAGGUUCUCCCGUUCAGCCAUCAGGUGGCAGCUGACAGCUGACCUCUGCCAGAGACCCUGGAGAGGCACUGCCGGUCAGAGUAGACAGCACUGGGCUAGAUGGAUCAAUAGCCUUUGCUGAUAGAAGGCAGCUUAUUAGGUUCAUAAUAAUUUCCAGAAACAUUGCAUCUGUUGGAUUUCUCUCUCAUGCAGUUUCAAAAUCCCAGGGUGGGACUGAGGAAUGACAGUCUAGCUGCUGUGAGUUUUUUUGCCCUAUACUGCUGAUUGAUCCAUCUAUUUGUCUGGUCCAACUUUGACUGCAAACUUUCACCAUAUAGCUGCAACUUCCAAGGGGCCAGAUGCAAUUCAUCCAAGCCUUUUCCAAUCUAACAGAUUUGCCUUCAAGAAUCUAUCCCAUAAGGACAUAUUCUCUCUCUCUUUCUCUGUUGAACGGCCAGUUUCAGAGGAGAACAAGGAUCCUCUUAGCAGAGCUUUGGCAGAGGCCCUUUUAGCUUUUUAGAAGAGCAGGAAAUAUUGGCACACAUAGCUUGCCAGUCAGGAGCAUGUGAAGCUGCUUCUGUUGACAUUUCCUGAUCUACACAACUGUUGGAGUCCCGUGAGUUCUGAUGUCUCAAAGCAGUUGGCGGCAUUUUAGAAUGAGCCACAGAAGCUGCAGCAGCUGCCAGUCAGUAUAAAUAGGGGCCAGCCCACCCAACAGGGCCAGCCCACCCAAGAGGCAGACUGAUGUGAUCACCAUGGGUGGCGGAAUGCCAAGGGGCAGUGCCUGCAUGGGCAACCCCACCCAUCCCUGGAGAAGGAAGGAGAAGUGGUGGCAUCGUCUGGCAGGAUUUUGCCAGGAGCUACUGCAGCUGGGACGCGGGUGGCGCUGUGGGUUAAACCACUGAGCCUAGGACUUGCCGAUCAGAAGGUCGGCGGUUUGAAUCCCCGCGACUGGGUGAGCUCCCGUUGCUCCGUCCCUGCUCCUGCCAACCUAGCAGUUUGAAAGCACAUCAAAGUGCAAGUAGAUAAAUAGGUACCGCUUCGGCGGGAAGGUAAAUGGCGUUUCCAUGCGCUGCUCUGGUUUGCCAGAAGCGGCUUAGUCAUGCUGGCCACAUGACCCAGAAGCUGUAUGCCGGCUCCCUUGGCCAAUAAAGCGAGAUGAGCGCCGCAACCCCAGAGUCGGCCACGACUGGACCUAAUGGUCAGGGGUCCCUUUACCAUUACCUUACUGCAGCUGUGCAACCCCAGUAUGCGAGAUGACAGGGGCAAGGCGCCUUCCCUCUUUGCCUCAGGCAGUGAAACAAGAUAGGCAGCCCUGGGGACAAAGAUGGACCAGUUGCUAGAAAAUGCAAGAAGGGAGAGGGGUCUUGUGCUUAGGGCCUGUUUCUAGGUUUCCCACAGGCAUUGGGCUGGCCACUGUGAGAACAGGAUGCUGGCCAUUGGCCUCAUCCAGCAGCCUCUUCUUAUGUUACCUCUGAAACAAUCUAUACACUCUGAUGCUUUGCACUAGUUCAGAAGUCAUCAAUUCAAAUUAGAACUGCAGACUCAAAAUGCUUUUCUUCCCUAAUGUACUUAUAUGCAAAUUCCAUAACUCAUCUGAAAAUGUAAAAUGCCUGUGAAAUAGGAUUAGUCCAGUGCCAGUUUGUUUGAGAUUGUAAUUAUUUUAUCAUUGGCAUUUAUUUCAUGCGAGUUUUGACAAAUCUGGAACGUAGUGUUAAUUCAGUUGAAAGGUGCAGAGAUUGCAGCGAAUGUCUUCCUUGGAAAUUCAUUUCCAGUUCUAUUUAUUAAAAUGAAUAAAAAGCCCACAGCCUAAUCGAAAUGGAGUUGGAAUGGAUCCUGUUUGAAAUGUAUGCCAAUUUGCAUUUCAAAUACUUGCAAUUUAAAUAUCUGUCCAAGUCCAUGAAUAUUUAUAUUUGAUCCAUGAAGAUAAUCACCUUUUUUUUACUGUCAGUCCUUCCUGGGCCAGAGAACAGCUCUGUAAAAUCCCCAAAAGCAACCACAGAGGGAAUGCCUCUUGUAUUGAAUUAUCUACCUCAGAAGCCAAAGCUUUGGAGUUCUGCCAAAGUAUUAGCUUCACAUGUACUCUUCCUCCCUUCUUUUGGUUUUCAUAUUUUAUAAUAUAUUUGGGGGAAAUUCACUAGAGCACUCUGUUAAGCUUAGUGGAAGAAAGGGCUAACUAUGACGCUGUUUCUCUAGGUGGUGUCAAGGGUCAACAUGGUCAGGCCCACUGACAAACCUCCUGAUCUGCUUCUCCUCUUCACCAUUGCUUGUUCACCUGCCUCUCCUUCUGGCCCAAACAAGGCUGGACAAUAAGUGAUGGAAAUAAGGGUGGGGAACUUGCGGCUCUUCAGAUGCUGCUGGACUCCAGCUCCCAUCCUCCUUGACCAUUGACCAUGCUGGCUGGGGCCUGAUGGGUCCUUGGAGUCCAACAGGGUCAGGUUCUUUCCAUUCUUGCUGUGGAGUACACAGACACCCCAUGGAAAGUCCUAUCUUGGGGGGUACCUUUGCAUGCAGGUCCUCAGUGCUUACUACAUACAGUCGCAAUAGAAAAAAAGGGACUCCCUGCACUUGUCAUGCUUAGGUAGCAAGGAGGAUUUGGGCAACUCCAGCUUAAUUCUCACUCCUGCAGUUCUGUGCCACUGGAAUCAGGGCUUGCUGAAAUUCCCUGGUCCUCACCAACUAAUAAGAACCGAAGGAGCAAUGGCGGCUGGUGUCUGUUGGGGUGGAAGGCAGGGAGAUCAACAUUAGGUGGCGCCAUAGCCAAUGACAGGCACAGCCAACUCAUUCUACUUUGGUCCCUAGCCUCCUCCCUGCUGACUUCUACAAGGGGAGCACUGGGGCAGAAAUUGCCAGCCAGUGACACCCACCGAAUUGGUUGUAUGUAAGAACACAGGUGGGUGGGAGCUGGCUGAGGGCAGUCUCAGACUGAGGGUGCAUUUGCCUUAAUGGACAAGCCACUGAAGGAGGAGGAGAUGUCCUCUGUUGUGCCUGGCCGUCUUACACCAAUGACAUUUUGGAUGGUGAAUAUAAAUGUGUUUUAGUUACUGUACUUCUGCCCCACCUCCCCUCCCCUUACCAACGAAAUACCCAUCAAAGAACUCUUUAACCAUCAAUGUAUGUAAAUUUUGUAAAAAUAAAAUAAAAAUAAAAACUUGAAAACAU